UAAUAAUAAAAAAAAUGCGUUUCUCUCUCAUUUCAGCUGCUACCUUAGCCGUGGUUUCUAUGGUAUCUGCCACUCCUGUUGAAAACUCUUUGGAAUUGUCAUCCAGUCAUAUCCUUGAACGUGAUGUUACCUCCAUUGAUGGCAAGAUUUUUGACGAUUCUCAAAGUCUUCAAGCUCGUGGUUGCAGUGGAUCUACAUGGUAUUUGACCAAGUGUGGUUUCUAUUGUCCUUGUGGAUGGUACUAUUAUCCUCAAAAUAAUUGUGCUAACAGACGUUGUUACGAUAAUGGACAUGUUGGCUGUAAUGGAAGAUGUCCUAAGGCUGAUUUACGAUGCGGUACUUGCAAUUAAAUAAUCAUCCAUCAUAUCUUCCGCUUUUUUUUUUUGUUUCUUUCUUAAUACUGAUAAUAAAGAUUUACAUUUCAUUUUUUGAUUUGAUCUCAGAAGGAAUGGUUUUAAAUGUC